AGGGCGCGCCGGAAGUACCGGCGGAAGCGGCGGCGGUGUCGGUGUCCUUCUGGGCCGUGACGCCGGGGCGGCACCAUGGCGGACGCGGCCUCGCAGGUGCUGCUGGGCUCGGGGCUGACCGUGCUCUCGCAGCCCCUCAUGUACGUGAAGGUGCUGGUGCAGGUAAGGGGGGAGGGGCCUGUAACGGGGAGCUGCGGGGUGGGGCGGCACCGGGCGCGAUGCCUUUUUUCCCUCGCACAGGUCUCAACUAUGACUGAGAUGAAGAGCUACUCACAGGCAGUCACUGGAUUCUUUGCCAGCAUGCUGACCUACCCCUUCGUGCUGGUCUCCAACCUGAUGGCCGUUAAUAACUGCGGGCUGGCCGGGGGCCUCCUCCCCUACGCACCUACCUACUCCUCCUGGCUGGACUGCUGGGGCCAGCUGCACAGGGAGGGCAACAUGAGCCGAGGGAACAGCCUGUUUUUCCGCAAGGUGCCCGCAGGGAAGCGAUAUGUGUGGGAGGAGAGGAGGUUUCGCUGAAACUGAAGCCAAGAGGGGAGUUGUGAAGCCAAUGUGGGGCUCUGGAGACAAAGAAUUAUGAGAGAGUGGUGAUUUCUAUACAGUUUUUUUAAAAAUCAUUUAAUGCUGAGAGAU